AUGCAUUUCACAAGCUCUACAACACUAACGGAGCAGAAGACCAGAAAGAGCGAGCAAGAAGAGCUGACAAACAGUGAGUUAUGGGAUAAUGUAUUGUCUAAUCAUCCAGAACAUGCUGAAAAGCAAGGCGGCGAUCUUCUUUAUGAAUAUCCGCGCAAGAGCUACUUUGGCUACAUGUCUGCUGGAUCAUUAGCUCAUAUCACAUUUUGGUCAUGGCUUAAGGGCUAUGAGCAGAGUCUUGUUGAGAUGCACCCAAUACUAGGCGAGCCGACGUUCUUUUCGUUCGUUACAGAUGACUUAGGCUCGUCCUUGGGAUUUGGCAUGAGCAUAAUCCUGGCUGGUCUUAUUGGUUUCCAUGCAAGACGAACAGUGGCGCGUAUAUCGAUUGUAGCAGGGGGUGAUAAGCUGCGCUUCACGACGCACAAGUUUUUUGGGAACCUCGGAGCGCCUAUUGAUGUACCCAUCUCUUACGUGUCAGCUCACCCCAAUACAAAGAACAACAUUAUUUUAAAGCUUUCCAACACCCGUGGAUUCUUUCUUGUGGACACAAAGGGAAAAUUCUACAACCGCGAGAAACUUGAGCGAAUGAUUACAUUUCGCACAAAUUUCAAGGAGCACGAGAAGAUGAUGGAAAAAGAAACCACAGUUGAGGUGCGCACGGACUUGCCUCGUGUGGAUCUCAAAGCUGAAGCUGCACAAGCUAAAGCCAAGCGAAAAGCGCCAACAAAAUUGCAGCCAAAGUUUCGUCAUGGCAAUUUGUUAGGUAAGAAACAUUCAUCGAAGAAGAACGGGAAGAAUAGAAAAAGUUGA